AUGUCGUUCGUACGCCCACCACCUUUCCGUUUGCUUGCUCUCACACGGCACCGCUACCGAAACCACUUCCAAACCCUUGGAUACGGAUUGCUUGGUUCAUGUUCCUCUCCCACCUCAGUUUUGUGCCCUAUUUCGUUUUCCCGUUCGCUCUCUUUCUGUACCACCUCCGUCCAGUUCUCGGCUCCCGUCCCGUCACUUCCCAAUCUACGCUCCUCUGCUUUCACUGGCCUCAUGAAUCAUACCGUCCUUUCCAAGCUCACAUGGACAGAGGAACAAUGGCUGAAGAGGAGGAAGAGGCGGAGAGGCGGACCCAACGAGUCAGAGAGACGUCGAUUGGCCAACGAAAUGCUUGGCUCCAUGAAUGCUGACUGUAGCUCAAACAGGAAAGCUGAUUUUCAUUCAGGAUUAGGUGUCUGUUGGAAGGAGUGUCUCACUCUGAUUGGGGAUUUGGUGGUUCUGAAUAAGAGGCUACAGUGCUAUGUCAUUAGAGAUGAAGCUAAGAACGAGUACGAGACUGAGGAACCGAUACUCGUGCUUAAUGAGGUAACGAUCGACCGCGGGAUAUCAUCAUACCUCACGAAUCUGGAGUGCUACUGUGACAACUCGUUCGUCACGACUGUUCAAGGAGACGGUUUGAUUUUAUCCACUACAUCUGGAAGAACUGCAUACUCAUUGGCAGCUGGAGGAUCAAUGGUUCACCCGCAGGUGCCUGGGAUUCUUUUCACGCCAAUUUGCCCGCAUUCCUUGUCAUUUCGGCCUCUGAUACUUCCAGAGAAUGUCACUGUACGAGUGCAAGUUCCUUUCAACAGCAGGAGCCCUGCUUGGGCAUCCUUUGACGGGAAGGACAGGAAGCAGCUGGCGAUGCACUUGUGUGCCGCAUGGCUCCAUGGCCUGUCCCCACUGCCUGUUUUGUGGAUUCCAUGGGAGACUUCCUUCGCAGCAUACAUGAGGGACUCCAUUGGAACUUGAGAAAGACUCAGUCUUUCGAUGGGCCACGGGAAUCGUGAGAUCAGUAAGUUAGUUGAAUGUUUGAUGUUUUUAUUUAUCGUGAUGAUCAUGAUGAGAAUGUAGUAGGAAGAAAUGAGACUUGAUAUACAUCUGGAUAUCGAACUGGGGACCGGAUUUGGUAGAUCUGUAAUGUAGAGAACAGAGCUUACAGUUGAUUAAAAUAUGUAGAAUUGUAACGUAGAGAGGAAGCGAAAUAAGAUUGAUA